UCUCAAUCUAACUUGAGCUGGCGGAGGGGCGGGGAUUGGAAAGGAGAAAGAAAAAAAAAACCAAAACGUUUACCCGAGAAAGUACGGGACGGUGGUGGAUUUUACGUUUAAAUGCUUACUAGUUCCACGUGAGGAAGAAAAAUGAGACUCAGGUCUCAAAAAAUAGUCAAGGCUUGCUCGGAUACGCCGAAAAACACCCGUCGGCGGUCCAUCAAAAGGACGCCGAGGCCAGCAUCGACGUCGACUCCCGAGAGCACGCAACAAACCGAGUUUGAAGAGACCUUGGAUAUAUCCACAGAUGAUGAGGUUCCUACGAUGAAGAGGCGCCGGCUGCCUCGUGGCUGGGCAAGAAAACGGGCCAUCGCUGUUGAAGACCGAGAAUCAGCCUUUAAAACUCCCCACAGGCCCGUAAUGCGCCGUGAGCGCAUACUGGCAGAGAUCGACAUCGAGUCUCCUCGCAAUUCAACCGCCAGAAAAAUCUACUCGCCUUUAGUGCGUUUCCUCACGCCCAGCAAGGAAAAUUUAAUGUCUCCUGAAACUGAGAAUAAAAUCAUAAUGAGCCCAGAACAAGGUGUGUUUGGUUAUGGUUCCGUGGAGCUGCUGGCAGGAGAGGAGGAGGAUGAAGUCUUUGACCCGUUCACCCUAAUCAAGAACAUCCUCUCACAGUCUCGGCAUUCCCGUCCUCGACUCAGAGAUAUUCCCCCAAAGACCAGGAGCACCCCGGAGGCCACGCUGGUGGUCAACCUGGAGGAGACGCUGAUGUUCAGCUCCCUGAAUGUGAUCAAAGACGCAGACUACACUUUCAACACAACUUUCCAAGACAACCAGUACAAGGUGUACAUGAUUGUACGACCACAUUUGAAGGAGUUUCUGCAAGCCAUGGCAAAAACCUACGAGCUGUUUGUUUACACGUGUGCGAAAAAAGAAUACGCAGAGAAAAUCCUGGAGAUCCUGGACCCUCAGAGAAAACUGUUUCGACACCGUCUGUACCAGGACGACUGCGCUUGUGUCCUCGGACACUACGUCAAAGACCUUGGCAUCCUCGGGAGGGACCUCGCCAAAACCGUGGUCCUGGACAACGCCUCUCAUACUUAUCCGUACCACCUGAUGAACACAGUCCCCAUAAAGAGCUGGACCGGAGCACCGGAGGACAGGGAGCUGCAGAAACUCAUCCCCUACAUGGAGAAACUGGCUACAGCUGAGGAUUUUCAGGAGGUGCUGAAGAAGAGGAAGGACCACUUCCUCCGGCUGCUGUCGGAGGACUGACGGACCUCUGCACACCUCCCACCCUGACUCUGCUGCGCGUUUUUUUAGUUCCACCUUCGCCGAAAAGCGAUUCRUUCACUUUAAAACCGUUGGUGACUUGAAAAGACUGCACAUUUCAAAACUCCAGCUCGUCAUUCUAUAACUUGAACCUACAUUCCCUCCAGGAAUCAUUCCUCAGGCUGUAAACUUCUGCGUGUAAAUAUUUACAGAACAAAACUUGAAAUGUCGUUUGUAUUCAGAUUUUUGUUUCUAUUUAUUAACUGUAUUGCAAAUCAGUUGCUCAUCGAGAAUUAUCUGUAUAUUUGAGAAAUGUUUUUUUUUAUUGCAAUAAACUUACCCUGAUAUUGUUUCAAAUUCCA